AUGGCUGGCGGACGCCCACCCUACGUUCCAGCGCAGGAGGAUGUUAAGGAUACGUACAUGGAUCCGCAGUAUAUCCCGUGCGGUGACUACACUGUAGCGCAAAUCAAUCCAGGCUCCCUUGAAUCCAACGUCUGUGAAGCAUGGACACUCAUCCUGAAAGAUGUCUUCAGCAUCUAUCAAGGCUUCAUGGUCAACCAUGACGCCGACGUCCAAGGCCAAAAGAUCGAUAUGGAGGUUUGCCACUUGAAGAAUCAUCGAAGGCUUAACUUUCUUGCUCUUGUCCUUAAGCGAUAUUCAUCCUCGAAUUCGGAUCAAGCAAUGGCGGAUGCCGAAACUCAGUUGAAAGGGCACCUGGAAUCUCUGGGUCACACACAGGAGGGUAGGCUAUGGAGUGCGCUGUGUAUUGGCAAGGGUGUUCGAAUUUACCGAUGCAGCAAGGAAAGCGGCAAGGCUGAACUCUUUGCACUUCACGAUGGCGUGCUGCGGAUUGACCGUCAACCCCAGACAGUCAAACAGUGGCUGCAGCAUAUCAGGUCAAUCGUCAUGUCAUAG